CAUGUGCAAACUUUAUCUGUCCGAAAAACGAGCCUCUUCUGCUUUGGCUGAAUACUGCAUUUUACUGCAGUUAUUAAAACCGGUAUCUUUACUGAUGCGUUGAAAUUCAACACAUAAAAAAUUGUGUUAGUCUACUGGGACUUUUAUUUGUAUUUUUUGCAGAUCUGUGGAGGAAACUGGAUCAACAUGACCAUAGUACUACGGUUGCUGGGUCUGAAUACUGAGGCAGGUUCUGAAGACAUACGUAGAUUUUUUCACGACGUGUACAUUCCAGAUGGUGGUGUUUACAUUAUCGGAGGAAGUCUUGGUGAAGCAUUUAUCUUGUUCACCAGUGAAAGAGAUGCACAACGUGCAAUGCGUCGAUCGGGCCCAGGGAAUCUCCUCCGAGGGUCUCAAGUUACUCUUGGUGUCAGCAAUAUUGCAGAGCUGCUACACAAAAUAGAAUCGAAACUACAAAAUAUGAAGCUCCCUCCCUCCCUCCCAGGCAGGAGUCCUCUAUCAGACUCUGCUGUUGCUCUGCUGUGCUCUGCUGUUGCUCUGCUUGUGGGGCUGGUUGCUGCUCUUCAAGGAUUGCAAUCAAAACAGUGUACAGAAGAAAACAAAUGUGUGUCUGUUUCCAGUCCUGCUGGGUCUGGGUGUGCAGCCAGGGGGGAGCCAGGGAGACCAGAGCAGGGAUAUGUUCAACUCUUUGGCCUGCCUUUGUCUGUCACCAAGCAGGAUGUGUGUGACUUCUUCGAAGGACUACCAGUGCUAGAGAUGAUAGCUAAUGUGAAACUUGGCAGAGGCCGUGGUUGCCUGGUUAAGUUUCCAGAUCUGCAGAACGCAUCUUCUGCUCUUCUCUUCAACAACCACCGGAUAGGAUCCGUCUGUGUGGAGGUGCGUGGAGCUUCAGGGGAGCUCUGGACUUAUGCGGUCCAGCAGUCUGAAGAACCCCAGAGCUCCAGAUCAUCAUGUCCAUCUCUCACAGCAUGGACUGGGGACAUGUACGUACCAGUCUCUGAAGGUCGUUUACAGUCACCCUCAAGGGCCAGAUACAGCUCCCCCUCGCCGGUAGCAGAGUACUGCAUCAUGAUAAGAAAUCUUCCUGAUAAGACAACAAAGACUAAAAUUAAAGAAUUAUUAGGAUGUCAGAACAUCCCCGGCAACAGGGUCACACACCUACUGGACACAGGAGCUCAGCUAACAGAUACAGCUUUUGUCAUAUUUUACCACCCAGACAGCUAUGUGUAUGCUAUGAAUCUGAAUGGCUGCUAUCUGGGAUCCCAUGCCAUUGAUGUCUCCUCAGUCACUAAGGAGAAGAUGCAGGAAAUGUUGAAUAGGCAUAAGCCUAAACCUUUUUCUGAAAAGCAAGACCUGGUUUCAAAAGACAAACACACAAGCAAGCACAAAAGUAAGAAGAGGUUGAGAGUACACUGUGGAGGGAGCUGAAGCCCAGAGAGGAGGCUCAUGCCCCCCU